UUCUUUCCCUCUGGUUCCUAUCAAAUAUCAUCAUCGCUCCCUCCCUCGAGCUUCUCAGCCUCACCUUCUUCUUCCCUCUUCUCUUCAUUCUUCCAUCCAAUCUGCCAAUGUCUACCGCCAGAAUUCAACCCACGGCAUGUGCUCUCUCCUCCACCAUCAAACAACACCUCCGCCCCCACCCUUCUCUCUGUUUCAACAGUUGCGCAAUUCGUGGACGCGGCACGCUUCGGAGAACCCUUAGGGUUUCUAUGUCUUCCGCUCCUUCGUCCAGCCCUCUUGAGAUUUGCGUCAAAGCUUCUGUUACUACUCCCAGCAAGCUUGGCGACUGCCCCUUUUGCCAAAGAGUAUUGCUGACAUUGGAAGAAAAGCAUCUACCUUAUGACAUGAAGUUGGUGGAUCUGAGACACAAGCCUGAAUGGUUCUUAAAAAUCAACCCAGAGGGCAGAGUUCCUGUGAUAAACCUCGAUGAGAAGUGGGUUACUGAUUCAGAUGUUAUCACACAAGCAUUGGAAGAGAAGUUUCCUAGCCCACCAUUGGGAACCCCACCUGAAAAGGCAUCAGUUGGCUCGAAGAUCUUUUCUACAUUCAUUGGGUUUCUCAAGAGCAAAGAUCCAAAUGACGGGACAGAGCAAGCCUUAUUAAGUGAGCUAGGCUCUUUGAAUGAUUACCUCAAAGAAAAUGGUCCUUUCAUCAAUGGGAAAGACAUAUCUGCGGUAGACUUAUCCCUUGGACCAAAGCUAUACCACAUGGAGAUUGCUUUGGGACAUUAUAAGAAAUGGACGGUUCCUGAUUCCCUUACCUCUGUGAAGUCUUACAUGAAGGCUAUUUUCUCAAGGGAUUCGUUCAUCAAAACACGUGCACAACCGCAGGAUGUCAUUGAAGGUUGGCGUCCAAAAGUUGAGGGCUGAAAUCUGCUGAUGCUGUUCCAUCAUCUUUAUGAGGGUCUCUGGUCUUUACCUGAUUCUACCGGACCACGCACACUAUCAAUCCUCACAGAGCUCAAUAUUCAUUUCAUUUUGUCGUAUGAUUUUGAUCCUCCACGUUAGGCUAUUGUUAAAUAUGUAUACAAUUUUAAAAAUAUUAGGCUAGAAAGUGAGGUGUGUUUUGGGAAAAAUGGAUAACAUAUCCCCAGAGCGGAAUCUGAGUUGCAUCCUUGAUUUCCCCUAACCAGAAGCAGCAGGCGAACUGCAUAAGAAAUCAGAUUUAUGUAGUCGUUAAAAAUGUAAGAAAUGCCUAUGUACUUUGUUGGUAGGAAUUGUUAACAUUUCAGCAAAUUUGAUGUUUUAUGCCAACCACCUCCAUUCAGUACAA